AUGCCUUCCCAUCUACCGUCAAGCUUUGCGUCUGCCGCUGCUGGGUCAAGUCGUGAUUCUCGCAAUGGAAGAGGCGACGGACGAGGAAGCGGGGACUGGAGCCGCAGAGAGCAACGCCCUGCCAACGGCACCCUAACCUUACGCCGCAACUCACAGGCCCCUUUCCAACAUCCAUCGUCCCAAGAUUCUCCCCUUCAAACACCUUCUACGGAAGCCCCAGCCUUGUCGCAGCAAUCGAACCUGUACGAUUCCGCCCCUUCAGGAUCUCGUUACUCGAAGCAAGACAUAUUAGAUAUUGCUCACGCGCAGAGAGAGGCUGCUGGGGCUGUCAAGAAUGUUUCGUCGCUCUUCAUCAACGGCUGGGAUCCAGACAAUUCGAACGGCACCAACGGCACCAACGGUCGCACUGGAUGGGGUAAAAGUGCGGACGGCAGAGAACACUACGGCCCCGAGGUGUGCUGGAACCCGAAUGGGGACUCGACGCCAAUAUCCUUCGAGCAAAUGUCAGAGGGGGAAAAGAUACUCUUUGCUACCGAUGUCAAUUCACCACUAAAGCCUCCUCCUCAGAAUUCCAACAAGGACCAAAAUGCUCAAGGAGCUGGUACAAACGGCCGAAAGACGUCUUUUUCGCACGGACAAACAUCUGGUAACUUCGGGCUCGCAUCUCCGGCAUCAAGCAGACCCGGUAUAAGACGACAGCUGACGAGUGAUGCUCUACAAUCUCCUUCUGGUGCAGGCCGCUUCGCUAGGGACGAGCCAUCCCCGUUCCUUAACCGCAAAUUCACCGAUACGAAAGACGGGCAAGAUGAUCGAGCUGACGAUACGAAGCCCGGACUUCCUUUUGGCGGUCUGAUGCGGAGCAGCACAGCUGGAAACGCGCUGGGAAAUGGGCCUGCAUCUCCCUGGGGACCAGGCUCGGCCAGUGCAGCCCUGUCCCCUAUGGGAAAUUUCGGAAAUUUCUCACUGGGUAACUCUUCGGCCAAUCCACCCGCCCCUGUUGACAAACGUCCCGCCUUUGGAAGAGGUGAAAGCCGUCUCGCCCAUCUGAUGAACAAGGAAAGCACCGAGGACAUGUCUAAGACUGCCGAUAGACCCUGGAGACCAAGACAGCGAACUGACACCGACCCGUUUGGAGAUGAUGUUCCGAGUGGUAGCGCGGCAUUAGGUGGUGGCCGAGACACGAGCCCGCCGCUCAACAAUCAACAGCGAGCUCCUGGUGUGGACACUCCGGUACGUGGCAACUCGAGUGACUUCGGGAUGUCUGAAAUGCCAGGCUUUCAGAAUGCUGCACGGAGUCAGGUCCACCAGACGCCAGCCCGUGGUCACGAUAAGAAUGAGCCUCUGAGCCCAUCGGAUACGAACCCCUAUCGCAGCCCCCCUGGCCCAUCGGAAGAUCAUUAUCAUGCGGACGACUCGAGCUACGAAGGCGAUCCUCCCCACAACAACCGUCCUCAAGGAUUAGGUGGUAUCCCGGAACAUGCGCCGAACGCAUUUGGUGGCUUGCCUCGAGCUUUCAACAACGCCUUGGAUGGGAGCGAUCGAAGCCAGACCUCUAGCGCUGGUGCCAUCAAGGUUUUCCCUCCCCUCUCUGUUCUUCCAAGUGGCUUUGGCGGCUUAGGAGGUUGGCCGACAAGCGGAAAUCCUCUUGGGACUCCCGACCGAGAGAAUCGAACACCUUUUCCUUCAAAUGCCUUUGGUAGCUCUGUAUUUGGGCCUAUGGGAGAACUUCAAUCCCCCAGCCUUGGGGGGCUCGGCAACAUGUUCGGGCCAUCUGGUGGCGCCUCUGGAACUAACAACGUCGGACGCAGUGGCAGUAAGCUUGGCUCGCUGUUUCCCGCCGCUAUGCAAGCCCAGAUGCUCAACCCAGAUCACACUCAAACGGGCGAGGGAGGGGAUGUGAGGCAGAGCAGUGGUUUCGGAGCCAUUGGUAGAAGCACGUUUCCUCGAGAUACUGAGAGUCCGAUGCGCACCGACAGACACCCGUUUGACGACCUAUUUGCGGCAAGCGACGUUACUCGUAAUCAAGGACCUUUCUCAUCGGCCGAGAACUCUCAAGGAAUGACCUCGGCCACCUUCUCACAAGUCCCGCCCGCCACGGCUGCGUAUGGGCAGUCCCAAUCCUCCUCAGAUUCUGCAUCAAACCAACUUCCUGCUACUCAGCAGCGCAUGAUGGUGAUGCCGGAUAGGAUGAGAUGGGUGUAUCUUGAUCCACAAGGCAAAGUUCAGGGCCCUUGGUCUGGUCUUGAGAUGCACGACUGGUACAAGGCUUCAUUCUUCACUGCCGACCUCUCUGUAAAGAAGGUUGAAGAUGCAGAAUUCGAGCCGCUUGGCCAACUGAUCAGACGCAUUGGUAAUUCGCGAGAGCCAUUCCUCGUACCCCAGAUUGGAAUCCCACACGGUCCAGCCCCUGCUCAAGGGGCUGCGUUUACUCCCGCUGCCGCUGGUCCUGGAAACGGAGCCCAGCCUGGUGCUGUUCAGCCACCAUUCGCCAACUCCUUCCCGAGCUUCGGCACAACCCUCACUGCUGAGCAACAGAACAACCUCGAGCGACGCAAGCAAGAAGAGCAGUUCUUGAUGGCUCGCCAGAAGGAGUUCUUAGCUCAGCAGCAGGUGAACGUCAAGCAAAUGCAAAUGGGAGGACUUCCAUCUGCGCUUCAUCACCACUCAAGUGCCCAUAGUCUCCAGAGUCAACCGAGCUUCGGAAGCAUGACAUCUCCGAUUGGACUGCCGCAAUCCCAGAUGCAGAAUGUGGCUGGAUACUAUGAAGGGCCCCCACGACAAUUCCCAGCCCCAUCUGGUGGAGGAAUCGCAUCGGAAUUUUUUCGUGAGGAAGAACUCGCACGUCUGUCCCUCCGCGAUCGUCAGCAACUCUUUCCCUCGGCACCCCCCCAACAACAGUCAACCCACGCACAACAGAUCUCAUCACUCUUUGGCCCAAACUCCGAGGCCCAACGUCAAGCCGCUAGGAUGGAACAGGAAGAUCCAUCUGGGUUCAAUGCCCGACUUGAGGAAUUUCAACAGCUGAGAGCCCAACAUGAGAUGGAGGAGGCUAAUUCAGUCGCUCAUGGCACCUCGGAGCCAAUCGGUCCACCUCAGCAGCAACAACAGCAGGUGGAGCCGGCCUACCAUGAAACACCUGAAGCUGAGCGUGAACCCCCAGCUCAAGAGCCCGAGUCCAAGUCACAGUCCAAGCCACAACCAGCCUCUCUUUCUCUUACCGAGCAAGUUCAGAAUGCGAAGUCUGCCCAAGAAUCGCCCACUACCGCGACCCAACCAGAGUCUCCAUGGGCAAAGGUCCCGAGCUCCAGCUUCCCUAUGCCAUUUCCCCCACCACAGUCUUCCACUCCUCUUCCCGCCCCGACCGCUCAGCGAAGCCGUGCGAACUUGCCAGAGGCGUUGAAUGUGGAGUCUAGAUCUCGCUCUGAGACCCCUGAGGUCACGAGCUCCACCUCUUCACUUGCACCUUGGGCAAAGGAACAGACUGAGGCACCAAAGGGUCCAUCUCUGAAGCAGAUCCAAGAAGCAGAAGCCAAGAAGGCUGCUAAGGCAGAGGAAAUAGCCGCUGCCGCUCGCCGUGCCAACUAUGAGUACGAAUUGAAGUUGCUUUCCAGUCAACCUGCCGCGCCUGCUCCGGGAUUGCCAACUUCUUCUACUUGGGGCAGUACUAGUUCACCAGUACCUAAUGCUCCCUCUGCGUGGGCGAAGCCGGCCGCCAAGGUUCAAGUUUCGAGUAGCUCUGCCGCAUCCAAGAAGACCUUGGCAGAUAUUCAACGCGAGGAGGAGUCGCGAAAGGUGAAGGCUGCUGCUGCCGUUGCUGCUGCCCAACCAACAGUCUCAAGCGGAAAGCGUUAUGCGGAUCUAGCGAGCAAACCUUCUGCCGGUCCUGCACCCGUCGGUGGUUCCCCUUGGUCUACAGUCGGAGCUGGUGGAAAGGUACGAAUUCCUACCGGGCCAGCUGCUGUUACCCCACCGGCACUGCGUGCUGCAAGCGCUGCAAACACCGUGACGCCAUCAGCUCAACGCGCGGUCAGACCGGCUGCUGUUCGUAGCACUACUGGAACAGUCGGUGCCAACGCUCCCAAGGAAGAGUUCGUUAAGUGGGCAAAGUCGGUUUUGGCAAAUGGACUGAACCCAGACAUUAAUGGCAAGCUUUCUUCCCCUUACUCCUUCAUCAUCGCCGAUAGCAUCUACGCCAACUCAAAAUUGAUGAACGGAAAUGAUUUCGCUGUCGAGUUCAUUCGCCGUAAGAAACUUGCCGAGGAAGGAAUUGUAGAGCCCGCCAACAAUGGAUCCGGCUUUUCCAGCGCCAAGUCCGGAGGCUGGAACGAGGUUGCGAAGAAGGGUCCUGCUAAGGUGGAGGAGCCUACUGCUGGCUUCAAGGUUGUUCCUAACAAGAAGAAGGGACGCAAAUGA